AUGACUUCUGAUGACCUCUCCAAGCUUACUUCAAAGUUAUCUCAUAACCCUGACAAGAGGCUGGCUACUCUGAGGCGCAUUCGCGAUAUCGUCUUGAGUCAACAGGAAAAACACGAAAGUCAACAAGCACAAAACACCGCUCAAUGGCUUCGCUUCCACAACUUUUUCCAUCGUGAAAGUGAGCUCUAUCGAGAAAAGGUCGCCUCCCUCAUUACCACUGGCUGUGCCGAGACAGAAGAUGACCAAGCAUGGGCAAAUUUCCUGUGUCUAGCCGUCGACGUCACGUCUCUGCGUGCCCUCUAUGAUACGAACUGGACUCGCGAAGUUAUUCGUGAAACAGACGCGUGGUUACGCGACAAUCCCGUCAUGAAGACGCAUAGAUACAUUUCUUCGCGUGAUACCCUCUUGAUUCUUCAAAGCGCGACCCCUCCAAGUCAACAAGAGGCAAUCUUUUGUUCUGCCGAUGAAGCAGGCAGGCUGGUUGACUCGGACACAAUCUUGGUGGUAAGAGAUCAGCAAACGUUUCCAUGGGGAGGUCGACCUAUCGAUGCACUCUUCAAGAAGCAUCUAUCCAAGUGGCCAGAGCACAAAAAGAUACACGUUACCAUCCUAGAUCUACCAGUAAAUGGGCCCAUUACACGUCGCAAAACCAUCCGCGAGGUGACGCAAAAGAUGAUCCACGGAAAUCCUGCAAAUCAACGCUGGAAUAUUCUAGACCUCAAAAGUCCUGACAAUAUCCCUCAUCCGGAAUUUCUGAACAGACAACAACAAAAUUGUGGUAACCACACUGGGAUGCAUGUUGAUACCCAUGGCUUGGCAACCUUUAUUACUGUACAACAAGGCGAAAUCGGUUUCGGCUGGAUCGCUCACGAGACACCCCAAGAUCGUCUCGACAUCCACAAAGAUAAAAUUCCCGAUUCUCUGAAACGAAAAGCUCGCUUCAUAGUUCUCAGGCCAGGAGAAACAGUCUAUAUGCCCUCGGGUACGAUACACUUCAUCUUUCGCCGACAGGCCGUCCCCACCAUGGCAACAGGUGGACAUAUUCUCACAUGGAAGAGCAUUCCGAAAUGGCUGUCAAUCAUGAAGAUGCAAGAACUGAGCCAGGAGCCUGUUGAAGCAGAUGUUACAAAAGAAUCUACUCGGGCUUAUCUCAAUUGUUUGAAGCAAAUUCUAAAGGAAGACAAGGCCGCUCAGUCCUCAAAUAUACCCAGACCAGAGCAACUACAGGAGAAUUCGGCUGAAGAAAAGGAUGCUGCAAAGAGAGAUAUGGGUGUGGCCUGGUCAAUAAUAAAGAAUUGGGAUAACAUUACAAAGGAAGACUUAUUAGAUAAAGAGAAGAAUUUUGGCGUUUAA